AUGUCUGUUGCUCCAUCUUAAUUUGAAAAAUGUUUGAAACAUCCUUCGAAUGAUAUAGUCCUUUUUUGUAUGUCUUUAGAAUGCAGAUAGGUUAUAUAUAUUUUCUAAAUUAAAUAGCCUUUAUGUAAAGAUUGCUGUAAAAUACAUGUUUAAUAACAUAAUUAAUAUGGUACACAAGCAGAGUUAGAUACUGUUGAUAACGUAAGGUAGUUACUUUUAAACAAUUUGCAAGGAUUGAAAACUAAAUUUGAAGAGUAUAAAUAUUUUGUUAUUUGAAAAGAGAGAGAAAUAUACUUCAUCAUUUUAAUGUUGGUGAUUCUCCAGAUUUGGCUAAAUAAAUACAAAAUAAACUACAAAAAGUUAAAUCAACUUUAAUAGGACUUGUAAAUUAAUAUUGCAUUCAAUUAGAAGAAUAAAUUAAUUAAAGAAUUCAUUUACAUAAAGUAAAAUUAAAAACCUAUAUGUUUAGUAAUCUCAUCCUGGGGAAAAAAAGGAUCUUCACCAAAAACUUAAUUAAAUCAUUGUUAAUUUAGAAUAAUAAGAGAAAUUAUUACUUCAUCCUAAAUAUAUACGUGGAUGUUUAAUGGUAAUGAAUGAAGAAUAAAAUCAUGAUUUUGAAUAAUUAGCUUAAGAAGUUGAUGAAGCAUUAAAAUUAUAUUUAUCUAAUGCCUUUGAUGUUUUUAUACAUGAUGAUAAAAUUUAGAAAAUAAGUUAAACAUUUUUAGAAUAUGUUGACAUUUAUGAGGUUAAUAUGAAAGAGGAAUUAGAACAUCUAUCUAAAAAAAUAAGAGAGACAAGUUAAGCUCCUCCAAUACCUAAAAAAAGUAUUUAAUAUCCAAAACCAAUAUAACAACCUAUUCCAUAAAAAGAAACAAAACAAUUGAGAUCAAUAUAUGAUUAGAAGUUCAGUUUCUCAAAUUCUAAUAGUCAAUUUUAAUCGAAAAAUAAUCAAAAAGAUAAUAAAUAGGAUUAAUUUAUGUUUUAAAAAUAUUAUUCAUGA